UCUGACAGCUCGUUUGAGUGUCUGGCUCGCUGAUUGUCAGAAAACUUGGCGCCGAAUCGGCCGUCUGGCUGUCUGGCGCGCCGGCGACCACGAGCAGCGCUCGCCUAUUUAUCUAACCCGAAUGGCGCCGCAUGCAGAGUCGAGCCCAACUCACUUCGAUUUUCGGCUUGAAGCAUAUCAGAUAAACGCUUCGAGGUCGGCAAUAGUUGACAAGGGUCUGGAGAAAGGAAUAAAAUUUCAUUCAGACGGGACUUGGAUCACAUCUAAACAAGUUGCCAGCGACAGUGUGCUGUGCAGCGAUCUAUAUAUAUUCAGUGUCGCUACCAACUCCAUAUCGCCCCAGUCACUACAGGAGAUACUCUAGGAUAUACACUUGUGUCACUUCACCAGAGGAUAUUCAUAUACUGACUGACUGUCACCAGGCGAGACUAAACCGUUGCCUGAAAUCUAUUAAAGGUGUUCGGUGCUAUGUGGGAUAUUUAGUGGAAUCUUCACAUUAUUGAGAUGAUGUCAGACGCGAUGGCCGGCAUGUGCCAGACAGUCUGCAACUCCAGCCCGACGGACGUGGCUUACUCUGGCGCCAAUACUCAAGCGAACCACGAACAGCGCUCCCCGAGCUCUAGCCAGGAACUAUCGUGGAAGACGACGCCCAUGAGGUCCGGGGCUGAGGAAUCUGAUAGUAGCGGUGAAUCAAAAACAUCAGAUCUGUUUCCUGACGAGAGUAUACUCGGAAACGACUUUAGGAGUUGUGAGGAAAAUCUCAUGCGGUUUGCCGAGAUUCUGUACAAGUGUACCCUGUGUACUAGCUUGCCUUCAAUAUUGACUUCAAAAGGCAGUUUCCUCGCUCAUGUCACCAGUCAACAUCUGACGAAACAGGCAAGCUUUCAAGAUUGUAGCCAGUGUGACUUGAAAUUCGGUACUGAUGAAGAUCUACGGUCUCACAUUGAUUGCGCUCACGCUAAGCUCUGUGGGGAGAGGGUAGAGGCAGACAAACUCUCCGACACGGAGUCUGUGGACGAGGCUGCAACGCCGUCUUCAGGCAUGGAGGAGCGUCUGUCAACCCCCAAGCCGCCGUUGUAUGUUGCAAACUCCGGCAACAAACCCAGACUGGAGUCCCCGAACCAAAGCAAGAAAGACUUUCCUUGCAACAAGUAUCAGCUUGUGAAACAGACAGCUCCCGUGGUUAAGGUGAAUGACCUUCCAAAAAGUGAAAACAUUUCCAAAAUCCAGAAACUCACAGACCAGAUCGUUCAAGCUCAAACGCCGGGAAGUCAAGCCAAUUUGUUGCAAUCUUGGUCUUCAAUGUCCAGUUUUACUCCCGAGUUUGGACGAUAUACAAAGCUUGUGAGAGAAGGUGGGAACAUUGUGUAUUUCUGUCAGGUUUGUAAUUGGAAAUGUCAAGUCAAAGCUGCAUUUCAAGCUCACUGCAAUGGUCCUCAUCACAACAACAAGGUCCGAAUAGCAGAUCAGAAUAAUCCACAUCGCAAGAGAGGGGGUUCAUCUAAUGUGCCCGCGUCUACCUCCCCUGGUCUAGCUGGUGGAUCACCAAGUAAUUGUAGAUCUCCCACAGGGCUGCUGACAUUCGUCAACAAGCCAGAGGUCGAAGCGUUUAGAACAGACACUCCUUGUGAUAGCCAGAAUGGCGGUACUAUGGACAUGAAAAGGUCAGAUGGCGUGCCUAUGCCAGGCAAUGGAGUACACAUGGGGCAAGGCAUGUCUGACAUGCCAUUCCUACAGGGCCUCUUGUCGAGUCACAGAACUGACGAGAAGAGGGAGUCCGGCUCUAACUUUGUGUUCCAGAAGCGAUGGGAGAAUGAUUCCACUCAUGAAAACAAUCAUCAAGAUUCGCAGUUUGAGAGGACAACCAGAACUGGUUCACCUAGUUUUAUGAAUCCCGGCAGCGGAGAACAUUCCCCAACAGAGAAAGACCCCAAUUCCACACCAAGAAACAAGAGGAAGAGACCAGCUCCCGUGUGUCUCCGUAAUCAGAUUGGAUCAGGGAACAGCUGGUCUGAUUCCGAUUCCGAUGAAUGUGCAGACAGGGAGAAGAAUUGUGAAUCUAGUUCCGAUUCUGACCAACCAGACGCAAAGAAGCAAAAACAUGCCGAGUCCUCACCGGUCCUUAGGGAUGACUUUCACAGCCGACUGAUGAAGAAAGCUUUGUCUGGCCAUGCAAACGUAGAAAAAACAUUGGUUAACGCUCACCCUCUUGUUCCAGCAGAACAUACGACGCCGUAUUUUCAAAAUUCUUUCAGGAAUAGAUUAUUCGCGAGUGCUUUUGGUGCUAGCUUUGGACCGAUGUAUGGGUGGUUUGGACAACCCAAUCCUUUGUUUCAGUCCCCAGUGUGUUCAAAUGAUGAAAACGUUUCGAGGGAGAAAGGACCCAUUGACCCUUAUGACAAUCUCGUUCACUAUGGAUCCAAAUUAUUCCAAAACUGUUUCACCCCGUUCAACUACACUGGGAAACAUCGUCAGGUGAGCGAGGCUCUUGCUUCUCGAAAUGACACUCGCCCUCAAAGUGACACUUCCGAUAAGGGGGACAACUCUCCAAAAUCGGACGACGCAUCUUGUGACAACAGGACAGUGUUUAAGCAGGAACCGGGUGAUGGAGAUGAGGCAGUGUUUCGUUGUUCAAUGUGCGAGUUCACGUGUCAAGACAUUGUUGACUAUCGCCAUCAUUUCAUGGCGGAACAUGGUGUAGACGGGGCAGACAGUCUACUGGGAGAGAGUCAGUUUAGUACUAUGAAUGAGGGCUGGAAGAUGUCCAAGAUCAGGGACACUUUGCCAGAUCUGUUGGUCGAGUGCAGCAAGGGAAACGUGUCACGUGACCUGUUGUUACAAAAGAUCAGCCUGCUUCUCGGCCUGCCCGAGGUCAUUCACUGGGGCCCAGCGUGUAACAAGGCUGUGAGGGAGGUGUUUCAGAACAGUCUAGCCCAGAGAAAAGGCAAAUAUAAGAAGACCUACUUCUUCGGCGUGGCCCUGAUCGAGCAGCUUCAGGAACAGGAGGAGCUGAGUGACUCGGAGAAUGUCACGUACCAACCACUGCGUGACAUGUCCCAGGACCUGGAGCGGAUACUCGAGCACCUGCCGGACCUGGUAUACUGGACGGGGGAGUGUGACACGGGGGUGUCUCGGGACGAGCUGCUGGAACUGCUGGCCGAGAAGAUCGAGGAAAAGGAUGUCCAGCACUGGGGGGUCCAAUGUAACAGAGCGAUGAGGAUGUUGUUUCCGGAAGUACAGAUGAAGCGGAAGGGAAAAUACAAAACUACAGUAUUCUUUGGUGUUGAUUACUCCAAGAAUCUUCAGAAACAGAGUUUCAUCCCCACCAAGCGAGGUCGGCCCCGGAAGCUGAACGACGACGAGGACGACCAACCCUACUCCGCCGUCUCCAACUCCCCCUUCGACAAGAGUAUGUUGGCCUGGAGAGCGCAGAUGCAGCACAUGAAAUACCUCUCCCAGCCUCGUUUCCAGCACCACUGGAAGGGAGAGGACGGCACCCCCCUCCUGCCCCAGCUACCCCCUAGGGAGGGUGCAACUGAGAUAUCUAAGGACUAUAACUUCCUAGCAGCGGAACUGAGAGGUUCUUACACGAACUACCACCCGCCCACCUUCGGGUAUAACCACGGGUACUCUGCCACUGUGCAGCACAAACCACCGGAAACAGAGGUUGAAACGGACGCCAGUGCACCCAGCAUUAUAGACGAUACUGAUCCACGAGGGGACAAGAAUGAACGCGAAUCUCCCAAAGAGGAGGAAUGUGUUGGGAAGUAACCGUGCGUUCCACUAAGGGAUAUAUAUUCAACGUGUGUUCUCUGUGAAAUCGAUUCGGCCAAGGAGGUGGUGAAAACGUCAAGAAUGAUUGCGUUGGGUGGAGAGUGUGGCCUAAUAACCGAGUUGGAGAAGAUUUGCUGCAGGGUUUUGAACAUCUUGAUGGAAGUUUUCUGAGAGAUAUAUAUGAAGAGUUACGCGGGCACUGACAGCUGACGGGCAUGUCGGUCAGGACAUGCAGUAAGGAUGUGUGUGAUUGACGAUGAGUCUUAUACUGUCGCGCCACCACUGAUCAUCUGACUCCUGACGAACACAAGGAAAACUAUAUAGCCAUGUUUCUUUCUGGUAUCCAUUCAGGAAGCAGAUCAUAUACGAUAUGAAACGUGUACAUCUGUGUAAAGCGGCACCUCGUUAAUCCAGAUUCUUCCGUUUCCGGAGAAAUCGUCAGGACUGGUACAUGGAGUGAUCUCUCUUUAUAUAUGACAUACACCUAUAGUCUGUAGAUACCGUUCCUGAUUGAGAAGGUCUGGAGAACGGGGUUUCCGGACUAAACAGGUUCUGUAUAAUGCACUCGUUACCAGUGCCAGAAUAUUGUCGUCAUGGAGUCUUUAGAAGACUGGUAGUGUUGCCAUGGUUACAGAAGCUGCUGAUAUUUGCAGCAAGAGCUCUUACCUAUUCCCUGCAGGCAUGUAACAUGUAUUUUACCAUUUAAACACAGAACUAGUUUCGGGGGAAUAGUAUUCACGUGUUGUUCAUUCAUGUCAACUUUCAGCGUGGUAUUACUUAGCGCAGCAUACCCAGGGAACCAGUCUGGUCCAAUCGUGUCAUUCCGGGACAAGCCGAAUGGCGAAUUUACGGAAAGUGCCGAAUGGUGAAGAAUGUACACCUCGUCAACUUGAAAUCUUGAGGACCAUUGAAAUAAGAGUUAUCCGCUGUUCGAGACAAACGAAUGCCAUUAUUGGAUUAUCACAGCGAUAAGUAUUCUACCUGGACCAUAAGUAUCGCCUUAAACGAUGUAUCAUGUUACUGGAUAUCGCGUUAACUAAGGUUUACUGUAAUUCAAUAUCACACGAGACAGCUUAUUAUUUAUUGACCGUUUAUCUAAUGAAUGAGAAAUGUAUUGUUUUACAUUGUUUUCCGAAAUUCUGGUUAAUAUUUUAGCCUUCAUUUGCAUUUUAUCAAUUUCUUUGUUAGAACUGCAAUACUCAUCAAUCAAGUUAUUUUAAAUGUUCUCAGCUCUUUAUGAAGAAUUUGUGGGCAAUAUUUAUGUUUAUGUUGUGUUGGGGAUAUUACAAUACUGGACCAACGUUUCAUAUUCGUCAGGGCGGUCGGGUAGCCUAGUGGUUAAAGCGUUCGCUUGUCACGCCAAAGACCCGGGUUCGAUUCCCGACAUCGGUACAAUGUGUGAAGCCCAUUUCUGGUGUCCCCCGCCGUGAUAUUGCUGGAAUAUUGCUAAAAGCGGCGUAAAACCAUACUCACUCACUCACUCAUAUUUGUCAAACACCAGUGGUGCUUACUGCAAUAGCGUAAUGACGUGCAAUGCAACUUUCCUCCUGAUCCUCGUGGUACUGUGGCGAGUGUGGUCUAAGGGAGACAAUUCAUAGUGCAAAAUGGACGUCUCUAUAACACCCCUACUACCACCACUACUACCAGCAUUUUGUAUUUUGCCCAAGAUUGUUAUUUAAUUCUGGAAAACCAUUUGGCCAGUCUCAGUCAAGUGUAUUCACAAAAAUGGUUUUCAGGGGUAUAUUCUAAGAAAGGAAAAACAAUAAUUUUAAUCCAUGUUGCCCUUGGCCCAGCAAAUUCUCCUUUGCUCCAAACUUAUAUUUUUUUGCAUUUUUAAAACACAAAGUUAUAUGCAGAAGUAUCAUGACACAUCAUUAAACGAAGUUGUAACAUAAUAUACCCACAUCUGGCCAAUGGGCCACCAAAGUUUCUUUUGCUCAAAACUCAUUAUUUUUAGUUCAGCAAAAUCACAAAUUUGUUACAAGUAUUAUCGUAUUAACUAAUUUAUAACAUAAUUGUCUAAACCAAUGCUUAGCCUUAUUGAAACAUUUGGCCCAUUAGAGAAAACGUUUAUAUUAGUUUUAAUUAUAGGUCGAAUCUGCGGCUCCAGAUCAAAACACGCAAUGAAAUCAACCCAAGCAUGAAAUAUGGGUUGCACGUGCAAUAUCUUCCGGGUCAACGCAUUGUGACGAACAAGAGUGUUAAACGAAAAAGGCAUAUGAUCUGAAUGCUUGUAUCAAUUUUGUGCAAUAUUUGUGAUAUAGGCUUUCCUCCUAUUGCGGUAAAAAUAGUUCUUUUCAACUAUUGAGCGUUAACUUUGUUACGCGUGACAAGUCUGCUCAAACAGCUCUUUAGUAUAUUGACGUUUACUGGAGGUGGAGGCGAUAUCUUUUGAAGCGUCAGUACAAUCCUGAACUUGUCACAGUUCGGUGGUUGUAUGUAUCUUACAAUAAUUACCCUAGUUUUUAAAAAAAAAAGGAUUAUUCAAGACUAUACAUUGAGAAUUCAAGGGCUUAGAUAUUUUGGUCCUUAUACGAAAAUAAGGUCUUGAAAAUGGAGGCUUUGAUUGCGACGAACACGAUCAGUUUAUUUUGGCCUCAUGAUUCCGUUCUGGCAUAGUUCAAACAAAAUAGCCUUAAGCGAACCACUUUAUCUUAGAAAUAUACUUGUUUUCAAUUUAUUUUCCUCUGGUCACAGACAGCACACACCGUACGUUGGUGUAUUCGUGACCACAUGGCUGUGGACAGGCAUUCGGAAAUGCUCGAUCUGUUCCGGUAUAAAAGGCGAACAUUCGUCACCACUCGCCCCUUUCCGUUACCUGCAAGAAGACUCGUCCCCGUAUCGAUGAAUUUUAUGUGCGAAAAUACGACAAACCAAUCAGAAUGCGCGUAUGAUUUCAAGUUCUUCGUCAAA